UCAUUUCCACUGAAGGCUCUGUCAACCCCUAAGAAGGGUAAACAAGACAUAUUUUGCUCAGCUAGCUAGAUGUAAUAUGUUGUAAAAUGGACCAAAUAGAAAGCUCAAAUUCUUCUACAGCUGAAGAGAAUGAAUCUGCGAAGAAAGAAGUAUGGUGUUUGACACGAGUCGGGAAAGAUUUGGACUGGCUCCGCUUGUUCGAGAAUACAGAGGUCACAAUUGGACGUGGUUUAAAUGUCACUCACCAGCUCGUGUCCCCAAGCUGCCCCCUAAUGAUAUCCAGACUGCACUGUAUGUUAAAGCAACGAGACGACGGCCAAUGGACGGUGACCGAUAAGAAGAGCCUUAAUGGUGUGUGGGUGAAUGGAGAACGAAUUCCUGUGGACAAAGCUCACCUGCUGAGGCUUGGGGACGCGAUAAAGUUGGGGGUGCCCAUCGUCGGCACCAAAGUGGAGUAUGAGUACAUACUGGUUCGGCAGCGCCUCGAGGACAUCAAACCCUACCUAGUGAAGGGACCUAGUGAAGUGGCCUGCGCCACCUCCAGAACCAAGAAGACUAAAAGGAAAUGUAACUCUGAUGAACUGGAGCCUUCAACCUCAUCUAAAUCCAAGCUCUACCGCCACUCUGCCACAGACAAGUCCCAGGGCCAGCCCUGCCCCACAGACGAGCCCCGGGACAGGCCAGGGAACAGGGUACGGGAGGAGGCCGGGCCCAGCAUGUGGCAGCAUCGGAGGCUGGACUCGCCUCCAGAGGGACCCAGCAGACCUAGCAGGGAUCUGUCCAGCCUGCAAAUGUACAGCCAGAACAUGCUGGUGCUGCGGGAGCAGAUGGACGUCACCCAGCGGCGGGUGGAGGCCCUGGAGGGCGAGGGGGGGCGACAGCAGGACGACCCCCACCGGGAGGAGCAGGUGAGGGAGCUGCGGAGCCAGCUGGAGCUGCUGAGGGGCCAGCUGCACAGGAUGGAGAUGUUGGAGAGGUCCAUCAGCAAGACAGAGAACCGCCUGGAGGUGCAAAAAACACAGCAUGAAGAGGAGGGUUUGAAAAAACAGUUGGAGGAGGCAUUGCAAGAGCAAAGGAAAGUUAUAGAGGAACUUGCACUCUCUCGACAAGGCUUCGAGGAUGUCCUCAAGGCCAAAGACAAGGAGCUGGAGGUGACAAAAGAAGAGAAGGAGAGGGCGAGAACUCAAAAGGAGGAGGUGGUAACACAAAUGACGGAGGUGCUGGAGAACGAACUUCAAUGCAUCAUUUGUUCUGAGCUCUUCAUGAGGGCGGUGACGCUUAACUGCGCCCACAGCUUCUGCCUGCACUGCAUCAGUGAGUGGCGCAAGCGGAAGAACGAGUGCCCCAUCUGCCGGCAGGCCAUCCUGUCGCAGACCCACUCGCUGGUGCUGGACAACUGCAUCGAUCGCAUGGUGGAGCAGCUCAGCCCCGACAUGAAGCAAAGACGCCUGGCGCUCAUCGCUGAGAGGAAAGCCCAGCCGGAGGAGGUGAUGGUGAUCAGCAGCAGCAGUAGCAGCAGCAGUAGCAGCAGCAGUAGCAGCAGCAGUAGCAGUAGCAGCAGUAACAGUGACCUCUUCAUGGAUAGCUUCAGCUCCGUAAUCUCCCUGGAAGAGAGCGUCCAUUGGGGCUCCAGCCCCGCGUCUUAUAUCUUCGACGAUUCCGACGUGGACAAUAACUAGGUUUAGCCCAUUUGAAGCUGAGUAUUUCACAUGAUUUUUUUUUUUUUUUACGUUUGUUAAAUACAUUUUCCUGUAAGGUUCCGUCAGAGAUGGCCGUGGAGAGUGCAGAGAAAGGGAAAAAGCCCGUCCUUGACAGGAAACUAACGCACUCAAUAUUGUACUACAAAUUACAUUAGUGUGUGUAUAUAUAUAUAUAUAUAUAUAUAUUUUUUUUUUGUAACAAUGUCCGUUUGUCUUUUUUGUGUUCAUUUAUUUUCCCAAUGAAACAAAAUUACGUUUCUUCAUUCAUUUGAAGUGUCACAAAAUGUCUCUGCCCAGAAAUGGACACAAGGUGGCGCCAGUAAAAAAAAAAAAAAAAAGUGUUUAUUAACCUUUUUGUAUGAUGGUGAGUGGGUUACUGGUACACAUUUACAAAACCAUAUAAUAUUGAUAAAAGCAGCUCUUUAGACCAGACAUUUAGAAGUGAAACCGAGUAUGCCUAUGUAGUUUGACUAGGAAAAUCAAGGCAAUAUUUUAUGUAUGUAAGCCAUGUCUUGUAUACACAUAAUAUGCAAACAUCCUGACAUUGCAAUAUUAAAGGUACAUCUAUUUUGGCUACA